AUGGUUGAUGUAUCAUUCAUCGAAUCUGUCCCUUUGGUGGGCCAGAUCUAUGUGAAAAUAUUGGAUUUUAUAAGGUAUUUGGAUUUUCCAACAUGGGUCUGGAUAUUGAUAGGGUUAUACCUUUGUUUACCAGUCGUUACAUAUGUAAUACUACCGCUGAUAUAUGGAAACAUUUCUUCAAAGAAAAGAAUCAUAAUAUUUGUUCUUGGUGAUCUAGGUCAUUCUCCAAGAAUGUGUUAUCACGCUAGAAGCUUUGCGGAAAAGGGUUAUUCGGUUGAUUUAUGCGGAUAUCUUGAAGAAUCACCACCUUUAGAUUUGAUUGAUAAUUAUAAUGUUGAGAUACACGAUGUGAAAGUGAUACAGAAUACUCAAAACUUACCAUUUGUGAUAUUUGGUGUAUUAAAAGUAAUUGGUCAAAUAUUAAACAUUUCAAAAUUAUUAUGGAAAUUAAGAGGCGCUAAUUACAUUUUGGUUCAAAAUCCUCCUUCAAUUCCAACAUUAUUGAUUGCAACUCUAUAUAAGUAUAUCACAAAGACGAAGUUAAUCAUUGAUUGGCAUAAUUUAGGUUAUAGUAUACUUGAGAUUAAAUUAGGACCAAAACAUCCAUUUGUUUCAGCCGCUAAAAUUUAUGAAAAAUUAUUUGCAACUUUUUCUGAUAUAAAUUUAACAGUUACAGAAGCUAUGAAAUCAUUUUUAGUGAAACAGUGUGGUGUUUCCAAAAAGAAAAUAGUGGUAUUACAUGAUAAAGCAGCAUCACAAUUCAAACCAUUAACGUUGGGUGAAAAGGAAAAAAUUAUACAUUCACAUCCUGAAAUAUUCAAAUCUUUUGAUUUACGAAAUGACAAGAUUAUUGUUAGCUCAACAUCGUUUACACCAGAUGAAGAUUUCAAUAUUCUCAUCAAUGCAUUACAAGAAUAUGAUACACAAUCAAUUUUACCAAAUCUAAAAGUCAUAAUUACAGGUAAAGGACCAAUGAAAGAACAAUUUUUACAAAGUGUUAAAGAUUCAAAUUUCCAAAAAGUUAAUAUAGUCAAUUCUUGGUUAUCAGCUGAAGAUUAUCCAAAAGUUAUAGCAACAGCAGAUAUAGGUAUUUCAUUACAUACAUCAUCAAGUGGGAUUGAUUUACCAAUGAAAGUGGUUGACAUGUUUGGAUGUGGAUUACCUGUCAUUGCUCUUGAUUUCCCGGCAUUACCUGAACUAGUUACUAAUGAAGUUAAUGGAUUAACUGUUAAUACUUCUACACAAAUAAAGAUGGGAAUCUAA